CAGCGCUCCGCACAUCGCUGCCGGCGGCCGCUGCCCUGUCCCUCUGCCGUCCCUCCAGUGUCGGAGCCGCUCUCCCUGCUCACAUCUGCUCUGUGCCAUCAUCUUCCUUAUAGAGCAGCUUACCGGGAGGAUUUAAACCCUCCCCUCCUUGGUCCCAGCGAGCCGCUCUGAGCUCCCUUCCAAACUCCCUUCCAAAGGAAUAAGGCAGGGGGAAGGAGAUGGGAGUAGAAAAAGAAAAAAACAACCCCAGUAUGGUUCCAUGUUAGGGACAAAAGAAAGUUUUCCUCGUAGUCAGAACUGGCGGGCCAGAAAAGCUUCCAGGAGAAAUUAGUGGGGAGGUCUGGAACUGGGGCAGUGGUACACACAGGUGUGGGGUGGCAGAGAUACGGGUAGCUCCCAGCCGGGCACCAUGCAAUCAGUGCCUGGUCUGUAGGGAAGGGAGAGCAGAGAAUGUCCCUUCCUGGGAAUGCAGGCAGAUGUGUGUUUGGGAGAGCACACAGAGGAGGACGGCCACAGGGCUUUAGGAGUAGCACCCCUUCUCCUGCAGCCACAGUUUGGGGGAUGCCUGGGGGAAGCCACGCGCCAGCAGCUGGCACCAGGAAGAGCGAGCGCUCAGUGCGCUGCGAGAUACAGAGAGCAUCCCUGUGGCACGGGGCCUGGGGGAGAUAGGGGCUGCCUCCAUAGAUAGGAAUGACGGAAUUAGAGUCACAUGCCCUGCAAGGCAGCAGAUAGCCUGCUUGACACGUUGCUGGAAGAAUGCUCUUUUCUAAAGUGCUGCAGGAUGGUGGGGGUUUGCCACAUCUCACGUGGCCAAGUGUCAUCUCCCUUUGUAGGUGGAUUGCUACCACUGGUUUCACACAGCCAUUACCCACACCAGCACUGUUCUGUUAGAAGCGUAGGCUGAUGGCACUGAUAGGUGCUCACUCUUAAAUCAUGGAGAAAUUGCUGUCAGACUCUGCCCAGCCUACUUUCCUCCCCAACCCCUUCUGAUUCCCGCUCCUGUCCCCAGCAGCCACCUCACAGAACGUCCACGUCCAUCCCUGAGGGGCCAUAGUUCAGCGAAGGCACAGAAGGAGCCAACGAGAGGGAAAACACCAUAGCUGCAGGGCUGCCAGAGCAGCGCGGCCACCUCUGCGGUCCCCGUGGGUUCUGCAGGACCUCACCCCUUGCUGGCAGAGGAGAAGAUCCAAAGGCUGUCGCUGCGCGGCAUCGCAGAGGAUCUGACGGAGCACAUCAUGCAGCCCCUCCCGGUUCCAGCCUUCCCAGAAGAGCCUGCGCCCACCUUCGCAGCACCGGAGCCAGAUGGCAGCGCACCUCAGACACGAGACCCCGAGGAGGACCUCCUCUGCAUCGCAAAGACCUUCUCCUAUCUGCGGGAGUCCGGCUGGUACUGGGGCUCCAUCACAGCCAGCGAGGCCAAGCAGCACCUGCAGAAGAUGCCCGAGGGUACCUUUCUGGUGCGGGACAGCACACACCCCAGCUACCUGUUCACACUCUCGGUCAAGACCAACCGCGGUCCCACCAACGUGCGCAUCGAGUACGCUGACAGCAAGUUCCGCCUGGACUCCAACUACUUGUCCAAGCCCCGCAUCCUGGCCUUCCCGGACGUGGUCAGCCUCAUCCAGCACUACGUCACAUCCUGCACGACAGAAAGCAAGAGCGAGGCGCCCUACCCACCGCCGGCCCCGCUGCCCCCCGUGCAGAAGGAGGUGGCGGUAGCGGCUGUGCACCUAAAGCUCCUCCGGCCGCUGGGCCGCCGGGACAGCAUCCCCAGCCUGCAGCACCUCUGCCGGCUGCGCAUCAACCGCUGCACGACCAAGGUGGAGCGGCUGCCACUGCCCUGGCGGAUGGGGGACUACCUGAAGCAAUACCCCUUCCAGCUCUGAGGCAUGGCUGCCACCUCUCGGGCACGAUGGGUGGGAGCAGGGCGAGACAACUUGGCGUGCCCUUGUCCCAUGGGCGCCAGGUGGGAACUGCACGGCUCUGACUGUCUGCACAGACUGCACUGCCCUCCUCCCCCCAUCUCUCCACGUCCAUUCCAGCAGGGAGGAGCUGGCUGUCCCAACACCUGGGCACCACCUGAGCUCUGGUCCUCAGGCCGAACCAAUGGCGGCCGUGAGAAAGUGCUGUAGGCAUGUGCACACUACUUGAAUUCAGAGUUGCUGUGACACAGAUGUUCACCUUGUUAUUUUCGCUAUUUAUUUCCAUGGCAGUUUCUCUCCUCAUGAUAUUUUAAAUGCACCUUUUACUUUAUUGUUUUUUUUUGUUUGUUUGUUUUGUUUUGUUUCUUUUUGAGGUAGAACUAAAGGCUCCCAGCCAACUGGCAGCCAAAAACCUGUGGGAAUUUGGAUGUGGAUCUGCACCCAUGUGGUGCCUCUCUGAGCCUGUGCCUGCAGCAGGUCCCCGCCAUCCACAUCCAAACUCCUGCAGACUCCUGGGCUGUGGUGCUCUGCUGGCUGCACCCAGACCCAGCAAUGCAGGGAAGGAGGAUUUUCUCUCCCAGCUGCAGAGGCUGAGCAUUGUAACCUCAGAGCACAUUGGGGCAGCUUGCGCCCACCCCAGAGACGCACGCUGUGCCCUGGGGGUACUGCUGGAGGAAGCCCUUCUUCCUCGAGAAUUCCGAGCAGAACUUCUGGAUACUGAGCUUUUGCCAGGGAGUGCUCAUCCCAUUCUGCCAUCCUCUGCAUCUCAGAAGGACAUUAGUGACAAAACCAGUAACCACAAAGCCAGCUCUCCCACCUGAAGGCAGAGGGACUUGCUGGCAGGGCAGCUGGCGCGGGGUGGUGUUGUGAGCCCCGUUCCGAACGGCGCCUCCCUGACCAGGUUUGGGGACAGCCCUGCUGAGCUGCGCCAGGGCUGCACGGCUUCAGGCUAUUUAUUUAUUUAUUGGGGGGGUAACAAGUGACACGCAGCUCAGCAGGAAGAGCCGUCCUUCUGCCCCGCUCACACCGUGCCGUGUUGCUAGCUGCUCUGCAGCUGCCAGUGCCAUUCCCGAGCCAUGUGGCUCCCAUCAGAACCGUGUUCUAGCGUGAGCUUGAAACCACAUGUAACUUAUUUCUCUGCCAAGAUCCAGACCUCUCUUCCCCCUUUCUCAGACUUGCAUGUUUGUUAUCUUUAAAUAGACGUUCUACUCUGGGUUUACUUCUUGGAGCCCACCCCUUUCAUGCCCCUUUGAAUGAGGCACAGUGGCUCUCCGCAGCUCUUUGCAAGGAGGCUUAGGGCAGCUGGGCUCUGCCCUCAAAUGAGCCCCUUCUCCUUCAUUCCACAAUCCCAUUUCCUCCCAAUCUGUAAGAGCUACAUCAAACUCGAGGCUCUAUACACAGGACUAGAGAAAUUGUUGCUUCUUUUGCUCCUAUAAGACUCUAUAACUUUGUCAAACUUGAAGCAAUGUGAAGAGUUCCUCGCUCAUCCCUCCCUGGACCUCUCUGAGGCUCUGUGAAUUAUUAGAGAUAAAUGCCAACUAUCUCUGAGAACUGAAAGGGGAGGUGAGAAAGGAUGGGACAGUGACCCAGGAGACAAGCUCAAAAAACAGGUGGAGUUUCUUCCACCCUAAGUUGCCCAAAGGGCCAGGAUGCUCCAAUGUGCUCAGGUCUGUGUCCUUUUUUUUUCCUCCCCACAUUUAUACAGGUUUGUGCUCUUGCAAGCUUUGUUUUUGAUACUUCAAUGAUUGGCAGUGUGUGAUGUCAGGUUGGCUUUUUAUUGUACCCUUCCACUUUGCCCCAUAUGGCAGCAUCCAUGGGGAGGCACUGAAUGAGAACUUAAAAGGCAAAACAAAAACUUUUUUUUUUUAAAUAACAUAAAACAUAAAACCACUGUCAAGGCUUCCUUUUAUCCAAACACCUCUCUGCCUGAGGACACUGGGAACAAGGAAACCACAGCUCUGCCAGGAGCAGCAGUGAUCUCAGGAAGCCCACAUGGCUUAGCCACAGCCGAGGCCUGUACAGCACACAUUACAACUCAGUCUGAGAAACGUACAGCGGGAACGGGCAAGUCAUUCAGCUCUCCGAAACCUCCUACCUACUUGAUCUUUCCUCUGCUGGGGUAAUGGGGAAACCAAGCUUGAAGGUUUGACCUCAUUGCCCCUGGAGAGUGCAGCUAAGUAAGGAGAACGAAGGGCUGGUUAACCGCCAGCAGGUGCUGAGCUGGGGGCUGUAAGCUCAUCUGGGCAGGGACCACCUCUGUUGUCUGUACCACAUCUAGCACAAUAGGGUUCUCUAGGUGCUACUGCAAUACAAGGAAUAAACAAUACAGUUACUCCAAAAGUCAGUUUCUUCUAUCAUGAACAGUUUGUUAAAAUUCACUUGACUUGGAUUUUCAAUAAACGUUUUAAAUAUA